GUCCUUGCUCAGUCACAAAUACUAAACACGUCGAAGACGUCGAAAAAGAGGUCCAGCUUCAGUCGUAGUUUUUGCACUCCCUCUUGAAACGUGAGACCAGCUAGUUCACAAAAACAAAGAUGUGGCACACCGUGCCGGUAGUUCUAGUUUUACCAUCUUGACCUGCGUCUUUCUCUUUACACCAUGACAGUAUACAACGCAAGAACGCCGCGAGAAACCACUGAUCAGCACAACGACCCCGCCGAGGUGGUGUGACCCGUGUUGCCUACGGCACAUUCAUUCGUCCGCACAAUCGUGCUGCGCCGCGCACUGGCGAUUCGCGCUCGCGGCGCCUGGGGCUAAGUACCAGCAGGCAGCGUCACGACCCCGACCUGCUCCUUGGAGGUAGACUCAGGAGACCUCCCACUCCGAAAAUACGUCGAGGAAUACGAGGAAGACUAGUGCAGCCCCGCAUCCUGAAAAAAGAAGUUCACGAAGCCAACUGUACACUCCUGAUCUUGUAGUUCUAGUUGGUCGCCUGUGGCAACAAGUCAAAACCCCUAACGACCAGUAAACGCAGCCCUACGUCGUCGAAGACUGCGAAACAAAAAAUCAUGGGCAGUGCGUUCUCAGCGGACUCUCGUAACGACAUCCAUGUCACGGACCGGAAGGCUCUGGUUCUCCAGUGGAUCCUGGAGCGGAACGACUGGCUGCUCUCCCGCCCGAAAAUCGUGAACGGAAAGGUGACGCAGUUACCGUUAGAUACGAUACGGACACCGGCCAAUCCAACCGGCGGCGGGAGCGGGUCCUCCUCUUCUUCGGGUGUAGGGGGAGGUUCUUCCUCCUCCUCUUCUUCAACCCGUCUUCAAUCCCUCAACACGAUUCCGGAUCCAAACUGGUCGCGGUCCGCCGCUGCGCAGGUGUUCCUCGAGAUGACCUACGGCGGGCCGCAGAACGUGCGCGAGGCGCGGUCCAAGCUGGGCCUGCCCGACUUGCCGAUGAAGGGCACGCCGGUAUCCGCCGACUUGAACAAUGCGGAUUCUAUAUCCUGAGUAAAAACCUACCCACACCAGAGUCAGGAUGGGGAUUUUGCAACACAAACCUAGGAGUUUUGUGAGUCACGCAUGACAAGUUGCACUAUGCAGUGUAGUGCAGGUUAGCAAGUGCAUCCGCAUCACAGAUUCAUCUGCUCAUCCUGUUCACAGCAUCACAAAUUCCAAAACACGACUGGAAAUGGCUCUCAUGGGGAUGCGCAUUACAGGUCUUCCUGUCUUUGCAAAUCUGCAUUACAACUCUGGUGUGGGUACGUUUUUCCUCAGGAUAUUCUAGUGCGAUGAAAUCCCGCGUGGCCGUGCGGCCAAAGAACCAUAGACUCCUGCUAUCAAAUGCAAAAAUGUCUGGGUCUGGAAGAUUCCGAGACUUGUCAUGCAGAUUUCCAUGAUGCAUGUCUUGUCAUCUGGAAUGCAGGACCUAGCAUGACAGAUUCUGCGGAAUCCCUAUCAUGCUUAUCCUGCAUGAGAACCUUCUUCUCAACUUCGUCAAAAGUGGGCAACUUUUGGCAUUCAUGCAACACAGAUUUUUGCAUGAUCCAGAAUUAGCAUCACAAGCUCCAACCUUCCAGACCCAGACAUUUUUACAUUUGAUACCUGCCCUUCCUCGACGAAAAUGUCCUGCCCAUCGUCGCGGAGUUUCUGUUACCAAGUGCAAAAAUGUCUGGGUCUGGAGGGAUGCAACUUGUGAUGCUGCAUUUGGAUUCCAGAAAAAUCUGUAUUGCAUGAGUAGCAAAGGGAAUGCAAUUUUUGCUACGCUGAGAAGGCAUUUGUCAUGCGGUAUAGGCAUCAGGAAGCCCUCGCAAAAUCUGUGACGCUAGGGCAUGCAUCACAGACAUCAGGAGUCAUGCAAAAUGUGCAUGACAUCUUCGAGACCCAGACACUUUUGCAUUUCAUAUCUGUUUGGCGGCAGCCUACUGCGGUGCAUGGAAGUGUCUCCUUUGUGGUUUUGCUGCUUUCUGGACGUGCUGGACAAGUUGGCAAACCCGAUCGACCUGGCCUUCAAAAACGUGAUCGACGCCACCGGAAUACUGCAGCUGGAGUACGCAAGGACGGACUGGUCGCCGCUGCACGUCUGCCAACCGGGCGUCAGAAUAGACCGGGUGCUCAUAGCCAAAGUGCUGCCCAGCUACGCGGGCCACACCGUCCGCCUGUCGUACGAGAGCGCGUAUGAAAGUAAGUAGUUUCUUUUAUGACCAAUAGAUACCAGAAGACUUUUUGACACUCUGUAGCGUCUUCUGACGCGUGUUGUUGGCAUCCAUGUAUUUGUGUGUCAGCAUGCGGGCCGCACUUUCGCAAUCAAUUCUUAUUAGAGCGUCAUGUUCCGCCUAUGUUCACGAUUUUUGUCCCCUUUUCUUGCGAUUGCAGAAAAGAUGUCGUGAACUCUACAAAACGACAGCCGUUCCUUCGCAGCCGUAUCUCCGGAAAGCCGAGCUAGCGAUAUGCACUGCAAAAGUAUCGUACUCGUAUACAUGCAUUACAAAUUUCCUCAGCAUGAGAAAUAAAAUUUGUAGUGCGGAUUUACCUUGAGAUAAAAAUUUGUGAUGCAUGAUUGCAAUUACUACGAGUGCAAUACUUUUGCACAGGAUAAGCGAGCCAGAUUUACGAUUCCCACUUCCAGUUUGAUAUUUUCAGCGGAAGCAGGAACCUUUGGAUCCACAAAGACAUUUGCAGGUUCUUUUUUUUCGAUUUCAUGCUAAAGAUAGAAGAUAGAUAGCAAGUGAAUUGCCAUUUUUUUUAUUUCUACUCUAUGCCAUGCAAUGCAAUGCCAAUGCAUGAAUACGUCAAAACAGGUUCCACGGUGACGAGACCCGUGUUGCAGCCUUGCAGAACAUCACGCCCGUUCGAUAUCCUCGGGGAAACUUGAGUCUUUUUUUUUGUGCAUGUACUUGCUUUCUGUACUAUGUUGAAUGCGGUCCAAUACUUCUAUCUGACGCACUGAUUUCAUUUGUGUUGGUUUGCUGCUCGAUGUAGCUGGUACAUCCACUGAUGCUGCUCACUCUGCGUCUUUGCAAUUUUAAGUGAUGAAGUGUACACGGCAACAGAAAGUACUGACUCAUCCUUUCUUCUCGUGGAUACCGCCGUCGGCGACCGCAUCGAGAUUGCUGUGAACCUGUUCAUAUCCUGUGCAAAAGUAUCGUACUCCUAUUGCAAUCCUUUUGUUAACGUAAAUCCGCAUUAAUUUCUCAUGCUGAGGAAAUUUGUAAUGCAUUUAUAAAUACGAGUGCGAUACUGUUGCAGUUCAUAGUUCAAUGCAUAUGGAAAGACCGCGAUAAAAUCCAUAAAGUGGAAACCGCCAAGGACUGCCUGGGCACCGAGCUUCCGGUAAAUAAAUAAACGAAUGUAUGAUCUAUUGCCAUGCACAAAUAAGUGAAAGCAUCCACCACGUUGCAUUCUGUUCUUGAUGUUGUCGGUGACGGUGUCAGUUGAUGAACAGAAAAGCAAAAGAAAAACAUUAAUUCACUAUGAAAAUCAGCUCCUGCCCGGUAGAAGAAGAACACGACGACUGGAUGGAUUUCGAUUCCUUCGCCGCGAAUUCAACGGAGCGGCUGCAAAACCCAAACUUCUUCGGGCCCCAGUUGCAGCAUCGCUCCACGGAGUAUGCUGGGUACUAUGGAGAUGCAACUGUGAUUUACUUACUUACUGAAUUUGUAUUGUUCGCGCCCCAACAAAAACUACGACUAUUGGUACCGAUACAAUGAAUAUCAUUCGUAUGCCAUGGCCAUGAUGACUUGACUCUACUUGGUCUUCACUGCAUAAUCCAGAAAAAUACCAAAAACUUCUCCAGCCUCGACGUUGCUACCAGCCGUUCCAUUCUUCUCGCCAAAGAAGUUGGCGCCGUGCCUCUGGCCGACAAGAUCCUCGGGCUAAGGAUAGAAAUUUUGCCGAAGCACUCGCCCAUAAUACUCCCCCUGAAACGGGUCGGGCUACUGCACGAUAGGUUCACCAAGAUACAGCUACGACAGGGGGACGUCGUGAAACUCUUCAUCUCGCAGGGCGGCAGGAUGGUGCAGCAGCAGGAGCAGGCGCCGUCAUACAUGGCUGGUUGAUCCUGCGUUGGGUGCUGGAAGAACUAUAGCACGGCGCGCACAUCGAUAAUGAUAAAUCUAUACCUGCAUUGUACUCCUGCAGGCACAGGUUAUUCUAUCUGUAUCGACUGUGCAGGCUUUGGCUUUUGCGAUCGCUGUUUGCUGUAUGCAGCAGAAAAGCCCCCACGCUUUCGAAAAGCAAAUGAGGUAAAAAACGCAGGCAAGAAUAAAGACAAAGCAGCAAUCUAUGUGAGUACUUCAAACGCGGCAGGGGGUGCCUUUUUCUCACGAG